AUGUGUGCUUGGUUUCUAUUGGAUAGUGGGACAGACUCAGAGGUUGAUACCCUGCUGCAGUAUGUGUUGGCUCUGCUCAGUACAGAGAAUACCGAUGACGAAAUCAAGGCAAGCUGCAAAGAGGAACUGGAGGUGUUUCUCGGAGAUGACACUGCAGUGUUUGUGGACAAGAUCUUCGAGCAUGUACACAACACCGACUACGAUGUAUCUGCAGCAGAUCUAAACGGCGACCAGAAUGGCGAGGAGGAUCUCGACUACGGCGAAAUAUAUGACGACGACGACGACACCAACCCCGCACAGCCAAUCGCAAGCGUAGUAUCUCAGCCAGUAAAACGCCGACGUUCGUCUGAGCGCUACGAGGGCGAAAGCAAACGAGUGAGACAAGCGUCUCCGGAGAUGACGUUCGUAGUCGCGUCAAACGAUGCAGAAUCCUCUUCCGAUGAGGAUAGGCGAAAGACCUCCAUUACAAUACGGGAUGACCCAGACGAUAGUAGUCACCGGGAUGGAUCAAGACCGCGUGAAUCCCGCGGCGGUGGUGGCGGUGACAAUGAUCUGCGCAAUCUGCUGCGGAACAGAGGAGCCACCAGAGACCGUGACUACGAGGACAGCCGCGACGACCGAAAUGCCAGAGAUCCUCGAGACGACCGGUACGCUAGAGAUAGCCGAGAUGAGUGGGGUGACAGGCAUGAGAGAAAUGCCAGAGAUAGUCGGGAGGGCCUAAAUGCCAGAGAUGGCUACGACGGCCCCGGGGCGGAUCAGGCGUACAAUCCGGAGUUCGCCGCGGUGCAGACGCGGCGCCUGUCUGGGGGUCUGGAAAGAAGACAGAAUGGGCCCAGUUUCGGCAGGAGGGAGGACAGAGAGUUUGAUCGGGGACAGGGCAGGGACGGUCAGCAAUGGCACUCGAAUGGCGGUGACUUUGGACCCAGCGAUUUCGGCGGUAGAGGGAGACGGCCGAAUAUGCCUCCUGGAGGCCCCCAACAUCCAGUGUUUAGACCCCCUGGCAAUAAUAUGAUGGACAUGAAUGCGAGAGGUGGCGGCAGAGGCGGAAGGGAUAGUCGAGCUCCCAGGCCUCAAUGGAAUGGGCCUAGAGGACAGUUCAACGGACAGCCGCAACAGUUUCCUAAUAGGAAUGACGACAGGCCUUUCGACCUGCGCUACCUAGCCAACACACUGCUAGAGGUGAAGGACAUCCCAGCGGAGUUAAAUACCACAGAUAAGCUCAGCUCAUGGUUCGAGAAAUUCGGUUCGGUGGUGAAGAUCGAGCCCUGUUACCAGGGCAACGAGGGCGUCGCUAUAGUAGAGUACAAACUGAAUACCGAGGCCAAGGCGGCGUUCCAGUCGGAGCACUCAGUGAACUUUGUCCCGUGUAACCUGCAAGAGAAGACACAGCAACAGCUGGUCGCACAGAUCGGUGGCCCUGCGGCCUAUGAAGAGGCGAAGCACAAAUACGUUGAACGGUACAGGCUAACACAUGACGGCAGAGAUCCUCCGCCCCACUUCCUGAAUGGAUCAACGCCAAAUAGAAGUAUGUCAGGUGACCUCACUGCGGUUUAA